CGGGAGCACAGCUCCGCCCGCCCAGGGCCUGCCUCAACCCGGACGUGGAACGGGGCCCGGCGGCAGUUCCGGAGCGCGGCGUGAGGGCCCCGCCAUGGGCAUCCUCGAGAAGAUCUCGGAGAUCGAGAAGGAGAUCGCCCGCACGCAGAAGAACAAAGCCACCGAGUAUCACCUUGGGCUGCUGAAGGCGAAGCUUGCAAAGUACAGAGCUCAGCUGCUGGAGCCAUCCAAAUCCUCGGCUGCGAAAGGAGAAGGCUUCGAUGUGAUGAAAUCCGGAGAUGCCCGCGUGGCACUGAUCGGUUUUCCUUCCGUGGGUAAGUCCACGUUCUUGAGCUUAAUGACCUCAACCGCCAGCGAAGCUGCCUCUUACGAGUUCACAACCCUGACGUGCAUCCCAGGAGUCAUAGAAUACAAAGGAGCCAACAUUCAGCUGCUGGAUCUGCCUGGCAUCAUCGAAGGAGCAGCGCAAGGGAAGGGCAGAGGCCGGCAGGUGAUAGCUGUGGCCAGGACAGCAGAUGUGGUUAUUAUGAUGCUGGAUGCCACGAAGGGUGAGGUACAGAGGGCCUUGCUGGAGAAAGAACUGGAGUCUGUAGGAAUCCGUCUGAACAAAAGCAAACCAAAUAUCUACUUCAAGCCGAAGAAGGGUGGAGGCAUCUCCUUCAACUCAACUGUCACGUUGACUCAGUGCUCUGAGAAGCUGGUGCAGCUCAUCCUCCAUGAAUACAAAAUCUUCAACGCUGAGGUCCUGUUCAGGGAGGAUUGCUCUCCUGAUGAGUUCAUUGAUGUGAUCGUAGGCAACAGGGUCUACAUGCCGUGCCUCUACGUUUAUAACAAGAUUGACCAGAUAUCAAUGGAGGAGGUGGAUCGUCUUGCUCGGCGGCCCCACAGUGUUGUCAUCAGCUGUGGCAUGAAACUGAACCUGGAUUACUUGCUGGAGAAGCUCUGGGAAUACCUGGCACUUACCUGCAUCUACACCAAGAAACGAGGACAGAGACCAGACUUUACAGAUGCCAUUAUUCUCCGGAAAGGGGCCUCUGUGGAGCAUGUGUGCCAUCGGAUCCACAGGUCGUUAGCCAGCCAGUUCAAAUAUGCCUUGGUGUGGGGAACAAGCACAAAAUACAGCCCUCAAAGAGUGGGCUUAACCCAUAUGAUGGAGCACGAAGACGUCAUUCAGAUCGUAAAGAAGUAACUCAUGGUUGGUGCCUGGCCUCGUCUUUGAUCACUAUAAUUGGAACUGACCACAUAAAAGCAAAAGCAACCAAGCAAAACAAGAAAUAAACAAAAAAGAGAAAGAAAAAGGAAAGGGGAGACGUGUUCCACAGCCAAGAGGGCUUCUGUGAAGCUCCUUCUCUUGGAGAAAGGCAAAAGCUGAGGCUACUCUACUGUACACGCAGGUGGGGAUGGGGAAGAGGAGGUUCCAUCAGGUGAAGUGUUGUCUCCUAGAAACAAGAGCCACUUCUUCUAGGA